AUGUCGGAGUCACAGCGGUCCGCGUGGUCAUCCCGCGCUGACCUUCUCCUGCGACCCGUCGAGCGUCCGGUGGGGUACCUGAAGCGCGCCAGCAUCGCGGCCUGGUUUCCCAUCCGCGGCAUCUGGUACUUCUUGCGGAACAAGGAGUUCUACCCGCUGUUCCUGAGCCGCCUCCUACCACUAUCCAUCAUCUCGUUUCUCGUUUACUUCAUUCUCUUCACCUUUGCAUUCCUUCCACAGUUUGCACUUCUGGCCAUCUUCCACGGAUGGGGCGCGUGGGUCAAUGCGGUGGUGCUGGUGCUUGGAGAGGGUCUCGUGGUGAUCCAGGGACUCUUUGAGGGUUUCUUCGUUGACGAGUGUCGAGUGGAUGUUUUUGAUGCCACCCUCAUAAAGGAGUCUCAGACAGACCUCGUGGCUCCCCACAGGAUCCUCUUCCCCGAUGCCCCCACCGCAGUCAAAAUGCUCGGCAAGCCGACGACCCCCGCCGCCUUCACCCCAUGGUCCAUGGUCCAGAUCAUCGAGCUGAUAGUUUUCCUGCCCCUCAACUUCGUCCCAGUGGUUGGUACCCCAGCUUUCAUCAUCAUUACUGGCACGAGACUGGGCAAGCUGGCGCACUACAGAUGGUUCCACUUGCGGGGUCUGAGCAAGAAGGAAGCCAAGAACGAGAUUCGAGCGAGGACAUGGGAAUACGUAUGGUUUGGCACGGUUGCGAUGAUUCUGGAGCUGAUUCCCGUGCUAUCAUUCUUCUUUUUGUUGACUACUUCGGCCGGAGCCGGACUUUGGGCGGCACGUAUUGAAGACGAGAAGAAGAAGCGAGCUGUGGACGCUCUCAUCGGAGACGGAGAACCCCUACCGCCUCCGCCCCCCUACGAGGAUGAUCCAGUAUAA